AUGUUUGAGCUCGUCGAGCCUGAUCCCAUGAUCCUCGACAAAUACCAUAUCCUUCUGUCCUUCACCACGCUGUCUAAGGCUCUCUGCAUACUCCCGCUCCUCCGCAGUGGCAAACACGCCACACAGACAUCCCUUACAAAUAAUAGACUGUUCGACCAACUCCUCAUCCUCGCCAUUGCUGUCAUUAACGUACUUAGUGAGCGAGUAACUCUGAUGCCACAUUGUGACUGCGCCGUCCUUGUCACCCAGACCGGCGAAGACAUCCCCAAGUCGCCGAAAUGCCAUUCCAUCAUUCAACGGAUCAUUGUCGCUCAAGAGCCGAAUACACUCCUACCUACUUGUCCCCAUAUAUAUUGCUCUCCAUUGAAGUUACGUCGUCGUCAAGCCAUCCUUCGGUUUGAGGAGAAAGAGCAAAGCAUACUGCCUUCGCACAUCUCACUUGAGCCAGAUUCCGAGCGCCAUUUGGCAACGCUUUUCAUUUCGACCAAUCCGAGCUGCGACGUGGAACAGGUAGCCCAGAACGUGUCGGAUCGUCUGGGAGAGACGGUUCAGUGA